AUGCUCUCGUUCUACGAGUUCCAGCUCGUGGGCCUCGUAUCAUUCUGUCUACUCUUCUUACUGGUUGAGAAACAACUUUCACGUUGGAGGCAAUCAAAACAGAAGGGUGACUUUACUGCAGAGGGUGCAGCGUCAUCUAGCCCGUCUGGAAAUGUCCUGGCGAAGCUAACCAGACAGUACUUGACCGUGUACGCUAUAGUGAUGGGCGCGGACUGGCUCCAGGGUCCGUAUAUUUACUCACUGUACAAGGAACAAUAUGCGUUCCCAGAACGCAUGGUCGCCUUACUGUUCGUGACGGGCUUCACGUCUGCUGGUUUAAUUGCACCAUUAGUUGGUGUAUGGGCGGACCAGCACGGCCGCAAAAGACUAUGUCUUACUUUCUGCAUAACAUAUACUCUGGCUUGCAUAUGUAUUCAAUUACCCUAUCUGCCGGUUCUGCUCGCCGGACGUGUCCUGGGCGGCAUCUCUACAUCCAUCCUCUAUUCCGCUUUUGAGACGUGGUUGAUAUCCUCCGCCAACUCUCUUGCUCUUCCCCAAUCCGACCUGUCAACCAUCAUGGGCCGUGCGACGCUCGUGAAUGGUUUCGUAGCUACCACCGCAGGGGUGGUGAGCAAUCAACUAGUUGCUUUCAGUGGCUCAUUCGCAUCGCCAUUUGUGGCGAGCGGGUUUUCGCUGCUCCUUGCGUGGGUGGUCAUCAAGGGAACCUGGACAGAGAACUACGGUGGCGGUGGAGGAACCACCUCGGCUACUUCGGACUUCCUGCAAACGAGACGAUUGUUGCAGGCAUUCAAGAUCGUCCGCCAUGACCCACAACUUCUUGUCAUCGGCCUUACUCAGACAUGUUUUGAAGGCUCCAUGUACCUCUUCGUCUUUAACUGGGUACCGGCGCUCCAAGAAGCAUCUAUGGACGCCUCCUCGCUCCCAUUGGGCUACAUAUUCUCGUGCUACAUGGUCGCCAUGAUGGUCGGGUCGCUGCUCUACACCUCCAUCGUAUCUUACUUCCAGCCAUCCGAAUCCGCCGGAUCCGACGGGCCGCUCACGCUGCAUGCCAAGCUGAGCUCGCUUGUAUGUGCGGUCAGCGCACUGUCGUUCGCCAUCAGCAUUGAGAGCACGCAAGAACAUGUGCGUUUCUGGGCGUUCUGCGUCUUCGAGGCUUGUGUAGGGCUGUACUAUCCCGUACAAGGGAUGCUACGCGGAACUCUCAUCUCGAACGAACAUCGCGCCACGCUAUCAUCUCUGUUCCGUGUUCCGCUCAAUAUAUUCGUGGUGGUCUCCCUACUCACGGGAGUCUCCUCGGCACGAUAUAUGGUUCUAACUGCUAGUGCACUUAUGCUCUUGUUUUCCUCGCUAAUAACCGCGGCACUACUUGUCGAUCAUGCCAGCGACGCACCCUCACCACAACCAGCUAGACCGGCGUGA